AUGGUGGUAAGAUCGCUUGACAUCAAUACAAAUACAUUUCGACCUGAAGAGAAUGAUGAAGAGCUUCUUGGUGAUGAAACUCCUUACCUUAGUGCAAUCGGAGCACUAAUGUACUUUGCUAACUAUACUCGACCAGAUAUCUGUUUUGCAGUACGUCUACUGACAAGAUUCAGUUCCUCCCCAACAAAAAGACAUUGGAAUGGUGUUAAACACAUACUUCGAUAUUUUCGGGGGACCAUGGACAUGAGUUUAUUCAAUUCCAAUGAAUCCCAAGUCAGAACUGAUUGGUUACGCAGAUGCAGGAAAAUGUGUGGUUUUCCUUUGAAAAAGAAUAUGCCAACCACAAUGUACGAAGAUUAUGCUGCAUGUAUAGCUCAAUUGAAAGGAGGAUACAUCAAAGGAGACCAGUCAAAACAUAUUUCACCAAAGUUCUUUGUGACGCAUGAUCUUCAACAAAAUGGUGAGAUAGAAGUUCAACAAAUUUGUUCAAGUGAUAAUCAUGCUGAUUUAUUCACUAAGGCAUUGCCAACAUGA